UUUAAAUUGCCGGGAGCAGUGCUGCUCCCAGUCGUCGGUCAUGCAGACAGCAAAGACAAGCACGACGCCUCUCAGGCAGUUAGCACUGCAUUCGACUACCACAUGCUCAUCGCAUGCAACGGCAUAUGGAAAAUGCAUACUUGCUGCUUAUACAGAUGUUCGCAAAGAUUCUUGCAAACAGGAAUUUGAAAAGUUCGGGCAGUGUUUGCGUGAAGCUAUGAAACGCAAAUGGUGAUGCCUAGUUAUGUAAAUGUAUGCGAAGAUGCAGACGCCCAGGAGAUGAUGU